AUGUCAGACGACCCCAAGGCCCCUCCUGGGCUCAAACUUGUCUUCAGGACCAGUGGUGAAAUCCUGCCAAACAACGAUCGUACAGAGAAACUCAUGGAGAUCCGUCUGCAAGAAGAAGCCCGCCGUAAAAAAGAGGAGGAAGAGAAAGCUAUCCUCCAAGAAAAAGAGAAGAAAGAGAAAAGAAAAAGGGAUGAAAACAAGCAGCGUGACAAAGAACAGAAGGAAAAAAUGAAAGCUGAGGAAGAACGUAAAGCUAUACUUGAGAAAGAAGAGAGAUCCCGGCUUAAAGGCAAGACCAAUAUUAUCUCAGAGAGGCUGCAGAAGGACAUCUCCCCUUCACAGUACUCUCUUAGUGGCAUUGAAUUUGAUACCAAGAACAUUGAGAUUAUCUGUAUUGACUUGAUUAAAAACCAGAGCUUGAAGUGCCUCCAUAUCAGCAGGAAGAGACUUACCGAUAAGGAAGGAGAACUGCUAGCCAAAAUGCUCAAUAAAAACGUAAAUUUGUUGAAGCUCGAGCUUCCAGGCAAUUUGUUCGGACCCAAAACUGCCAUGGAGUUUGGCAAAGCCCUUAAGGAGAACAAGACCUUGAGGUUCUUGGACCUGGAAGACAACUUCUUAACGGACUCAGGCACUAGUAAUGAUGAGGUAAAGGCAUUAGCAGACUGUUUAGCAGUGAACCAAGACCUGCUGCAUCUUAAUUUAGCAAAUAACGGUAUGAAGGAAGACUGCGGUGAAAAAUUUGUCAACUGCACUAAUGUAAAUACCAACCUGAUUUGCUUCGAGUUCGGCAUGAACAACUUCUCCCUCGAGCAGACUAGAGAAAUCCAGGAUAAUCUCAGAAGAAACAAGAAAGCCUACGAUGACGAGAGGUUCAUGGAAUGGAAGGAGAGGAAACUCAUGGCUGAAGAAGAAAGAUCCAUGAAGAUCCUCGACACUGUCCAAGAGAAAGACAGAAUCAUGCAAGAAGAAGCCGAACUCAGCCGCAUCGCCAGAGAAAAAGCUAGAGAAGCAGCCUGGAACGAGUUCAUCAUGGAAAGCGAGCUUGAAAGGCAGAGAUUGAUCCAAAGACUCGAAGAAGCAGCCAAAAUGAGAAAAGGCAAAAAGAAGGGCAAGAAAGGAAAGAAGAAAAAGAAGUCAUAA